UGACCGAUAGGAUAUCGAGGAGCAAGCACGAGGCUGAUGACCUACCGUCUAGUGUAGCGAAACGACCCCAUCAAGUACAUCACAGCUACACGCUCAACUCUCAAAGGGACAGGGCUACUUAGAAGGAGAAUUCUGAGGUUAUUUUUUAUCAAGUUAUAUCUCGAAGAGGUCCCUCUUGGUUGACUAGAUGUACGGUGGGAGCACAAACUGCGUUUGCAUCAUCACAAAACAGACUUGAAAAGGUUGCUAGGCUCAACAUCAGUUUAUACUGCCCAUCAUUACAGUCAGAUUUCCUGAGCAAUAAUACUGUGCUCCGUGUAUGAGUGGCAGAGUCAGUGAAAGUGCCGAAGAGAAAACACAGAGGUGAACAUCAUGUCGAAACGUAAAAUGGAUGAAGUCUUCGCAGCAGCCGAAGCAGAACUUUGCGAGGAGCUUGGCUCAGGGAGUGAGAGUUCCUGCUCAACAGACAGAUCAGAUCAAGAUGGAAAGAAAACCAAAGGUAGAAGACGAAAGUCCAAGAGUAUAAGUACGAGCGGGCCGGAUGAGGACGGCCACCACCCGAGGGUCGCUGCAAACGCCCGGGAGCGAGACCGCACGCACAGCGUCAACUCGGCCUUUACGACACUACGAGAUCUUAUCCCAACAGAACCGAAGAAUCGCAAACUAUCUAAGAUUGAGACUCUACGAUUAGCUACGAGUUAUAUCCGCCAUCUUGGGACUUUGCUGGUGGUGGGGGAUGAAGAGAUUGAACAGCCUUGCAUGCAUCGAGCUAUGGUAGGUCGAGCUGGUCAUGGGGAUCAGGGGCCGAGAAUCAUUUGUACUUUCUGCCUGAGUCAUAUGAGAGGAGGAAGUCAUAGCGUUUCAAAGGGACCGCCGAUGCGUUCUGGACAGAGACAUACAAUGACUGAUAUGAGUCCAAUGGUUCACCACCAUCCACACAUGCACGCCUCUCACCAUCACCAUCAUCACCAUCAACAAACAGCCGCUAUGAUGAGAUGAAAACCCGGAUAAUGCACAUGCGCAGAUAACACAGACUUAUGAUACUGGCCAUAUGUUUGGAGUUUUGAGUACGAGGACGUUGGAGAACUUUUGAUAUGGAAAACAACCUUCUUCCCGGGGAGUUUAUUGUCUCUCUUUCUUUUGCAAACUGUUUUAUCUACUUUAACUAUUUGAAGAAAUGCAGGUUUCUGAUUGCAUUGCAUAUUGAUGACGUCAGAUGUUGCAAUCUGUUUAAUAGUACACGAACAGUACUAACAUAUUUAAUACAGUUGGGAAAGGUUGGGGGAGAGUUUGUUGACAUCAGGAACACUUACAUUGUUAUGUUGGGGGGGGGGGGCAUUCUCCUAUACACUCAUCUACAUUGACGGCAAGGCCGGAAGGAAACCAACUCCUUGAUUGAAGGCGCUGGACACGUUUGGUAAUUACUCACUAUAUCAAUAUGAGCAAACAAACUACUUGGUAAUGAGCAACAGAGAGCUGUUGAUAGUAUACCAAAUUGUGAGAAACGAUUUUUUUAAAAUAAAAAUAAUGGUAACUAAUCAUUACAAUUAUUUGAAUAUGAGAAAGACUUCAGGCCUGAAGCCUUUGUCGUGCAUCUAGAAGCACAAAAGGGUGUUAAUUCUGUCAUUACUUUCUUGCAACUUCGAUGACCAAUCAAGCCCAAAUUUUCACAGGUUUGUUAUUUUAUGCAUAAUGUUGAGAUACACCAAGUGAGAACAUUGGUUUUUUUACAAUUACCAAACGUUUCCAGUCCUUUUCAUCCGCUAAAUCCGUAAGAGUUUAACAACAAACAAUGACUUACUCUGGUCGUCACCCUAUACUCAACCCGGAACCUCAGGAACACGUGCUGCGUAUAAAGAUGGCCAUCCAGGGAGCCGUAAAACCAAACUCCGAAAAGUCCUGAUAAAUCUUUCUGCUACUUCUUGAAACAUGGACGCCCCCUGGAAACAAGGUCAACGAGCUGAGGUCAAAUAAGUACUUCCUUAGGUCGACCUUAGAAUCAGACUAAUAAAUUUAUUGUAACAACUUUAUACCAUGGAUAAUGGAAACAUAGAGGUACGUGUAUAGAAAGGUACUGCGUUUUGAAGACAACCAUGUUGCACAUUUUGAUAGAUACAACAGUGAAAGUGGUUUCAUUUGCGACAGGGACAUUUUACAAUAAUACAAAAAUUAAUAACAUUUUAUGGUCUUGCAUUAUACCAUGAAUGAUAGAAACAGAGUGGUACAUUUAGAAAGUACUAUGUUUUCAAAAAAACAACCUGUGGAACUUUUUUAUACAAUAGUUUCAUUUGGGAACAGCGGCAUAAAACACUGUAUGGUCUUGAAUUAUUGGUUAAAUUUGACAAAUAAAUGUAUUGUAACAAACAGCUUUAUACCAUGGAGAUUGGAAAUGCAGUACAUAUGAAGGUACCAUUUGUGAGAAAAACAUGUGUCAAUUUUUUUUUUUU